CGGUUGAUUGAUGCAGGAUUUGUAUGGACUGAACCACACUCCAAAAGACUUAAAGUAAAGCUGACUAUACAAAAAGAGGUCAUGAAUGGUGCCAUUCUUCAGCAAGUCUUUGUAGUAGAGUAUAUUGUUCAGUCUCAAAUGUGUGAAGAUUGCCAUCGAGUUGAAGCUAAGGACUUCUGGAAAGCAGUCGUUCAAGUUAGGCAAAAGACACUACAUAAAAAGACAUUCUAUUAUUUGGAGCAAUUAAUUUUAAAGCACAGGCUUCACCAGAACACUCUUCGGAUCAAAGAGAUUCAUGAUGGUCUGGAUUUCUAUUAUGCUUCCAAACAGCAUGCUCAGAAAAUGGUGGACUUCCUUCAGUGUACUGUACCUUGUAGAAUUAAAUCAUCACAGCGUUUGAUUUCUCAUGACAUUCACAGCAAUACGUAUAAUUACAAAAGCACUUUCUCUGUUGAGAUUGUUCCAGUAUGCAAGGACAAUGUUGUGUGUUUGUCACCAAAACUGGCUCAAAGCCUUGGUAAUAUGAGCCAGAUUUGCAUUUGUAUCCGAGUAACCAGUGCCAUUCACAUUAUUGAUCCAAGUACUCUUCAAAUUGCAGAAAUAGAUGGAAAUAAUUAUUGGCGCCAUCCUUUUAAUAGCUUGUUUCAUCCAAAGCAGUUAGAAGAAUUUAUUGUAAUGGAUAUCAGUAGGACCUAUGAACAGAAGCAAGGUGCUGGUGCAGGCAUGAAAUCCAAUAAGCAUUCCCUUGCGGAAGCCUGGGUUCAGAAAACAUCAGAACUGAAUACAGACCAUCAGUAUUUCUGUCGUACUCACUUGGGACAUCUUCUGAAUCCUGGAGAUCUUGUAUUGGGCUUUGAUUUGGUUAACUGUAAUCUGAAUGAUGAAUUUGCAAAUAAGAUGAAUCCCCAUAGUGUUCCUGAUAUGGUAUGGUUUUGA